AGGUGAUUGCGCCACUGUCUGUACGUGGCUCUAGCCUUAAGUGCUGUGCUUGUAGACAAGUGUCUUAACGUACAUAUAUCCCAGCGCAGACAUAAAAUUAAUACAAAAAACCAAAAAAAUAUCCACAUCCAAAGUUUUGAGCUGUGAUAAAAUUAAGUUUUUUGUUUUUAAGUAUUUGUAUUAAAUUUUGUUUUCGGGUUUAGAAAUAUAGGGUUUCGUUAUAAUGUUUAAAAGUUGUUUGGGCCGCAAAGGCCUGUUGUUGAUUUUCACUUUAUGCUUGCUGGUGCAGCGAGCGCAUAUGUUGGCAGAUGCGGCGGUUGCACCAACCCCCAGCUCGCCCGUCGACGAUAAAGCUGCGGAGAAAUUAAAAAUACCCACAACCUCUACCGCUGCCGAGACGGGGGCAGCAGCUAAGGAAACAAGGCCAGAGGUGUCUGAUAUAAUGAAUGAUGAGGCCUCAAAAACGGAAACAAACGUCAAGACUGAUGCUGAGUCUAAUGCAGCGAAAAUAAUAGACAACAAGGAGAAAGACUGGUGGAAGCGUAUGGUGCUGUACCAGAUCUAUCCACGUUCGUUUCUGGACACUACACUCGAUGGUAUAGGCGAUAUCAAAGGUAUAAUCAUGAAACUGCCAUAUCUCGUUGAGACUGGAAUUCAAGCCAUUUCGCUGGGCCCCGUUUUCCAGUCUCCUAUGGUUGAUUUUGGCUACGACGUAACUGAUUUAAAAAAAAUCCAGCCCGAAUACGGUACAAUGCAAGAUUUGGAAACGUUAAUAACGGAAGCGAAUCUCUUGGGCAUCAAAAUAAUUAUGGACAUUGUGCCAAAUCAUUCCUCAAAUCAAAGUGCGUGGUUUCAGAAGUCCGUCGACCGCGAAAACGGCUAUGAAAACUUUUACAUUUGGGCUGAUGCCAAAAUGAAUGAGAAAGGUGAACGGAUGCCACCAAAUAAUUGGCAAUCAUUGUACUAUGGCCCCGCAUGGACAUGGAAUGAAAAACGUGGCCAAUAUUACCUCCAUCAAUUCGCAUCGCAACAACCUGAUCUAAACUACCGCGAAGCCAAAGUAGUUCUAGCCAUCGAUGAUGUCUUAAAAUUCUGGUUGGAAAAAGGCGUUAACGGUAUUCGCAUGGAUUCAGUCGGUUAUUUGUUCGAAGAUGAACAGUUGCGCGAUGAACCACGCACUGGCAAAACCAACGACACCAAUUGCUACGAUUACACCGCACACAUCCACACCAAACAUCUGCCCGAUACUAUCGAAAUGGUGCAACAUUGGCGCAGGUUGCUGGAUGACUACACUAGCAAAAAUGGUGGCCCCACACGCGUUCUCAUGACCGAUGCUUAUGCUGACGUGAAGACGUCGAUGGAGUACUAUGAAACCAGCGAUGGCAAGAAGGGCGCGCAUAUUCCACUCAACCUAAACUUGAUCACACUGAAUGAGCACUCAGAUGCACGUGAUUAUGUGUUCGUUAUAAAGAAGUGGUUGACAUACAUGCCGCGUGGAUUCACCCCCAACUGGGUGAUGGGCAAUCACAAUAAUCCGCGCAUGGCAACACGUCUCGGCCCAAAGCGCAUCGAUUCGAUGCACAUGAUGAUGAUGACGUUGCCUGGUGUGGCGGUAACCUACUAUGGUGAUGAAAUUGGUAUGCAAGAUCAUCGUGAUCUUAGCUGGGAUAACACCUUCGAUCCACUUGCACGCAAUGCUGGGCGUGCCAAAUACAGGCAGCUGUCUCGUGACCCCGAGCGAACACCCUUCCAGUGGGAUUCUCUAAUGAAUGCAGGCUUCUCAGGCGCCGAUAGAACGUGGAUGCCUGUGCAUCCCAGCUACAAAAAUCUGAAUCUCAAGCAGCAGACAACCGGAAGAAGUCACUACCUGGUCUACAAGGCGCUAACCGAAAUGCGUAAGAUGCCGGCACUCGCCAGAGGACGCUUACAAAUCGAGGCAAUCGAUCGCGACAUUUUUGCAAUUGAAAGGGAAGUUCCAGACGAUAGCUCCGUUCUAACCGUCAUCAACAUUGGGCCACGCGCGCGCGCUGUUAAUUUGACCGCAGUUUUUGAUCUCAAAUUCCAGCAAAAGCUAACUGUGUUGGUUGCUAGUUCCUUGUCCACUAAAGAGGCUGGUAAAGCGCUGCCCGCAGACGCUUUAGCCCUGGCGCCUUAUGAGGGGCUCGUUUGCAUGAUCGGUUGAAUGAUUUACAUAUCUAAUUUAUAGAUUAUUUGGAAUCUCCGCUUAUCGUCACGAACAAUUGAAUGGGUUUUAUUGAUUUAACAGGCUAUGUAUAUGCAUGAAAUAAAUAAAAGCAAAAUCAUGUAAAAUUUUAAAUCAAA